AUGUCAAUUCGCAGGAAAGUUCAAAGAGCGGUUCUGGAAGUCGAGCGAAAAGAGCGGAUUGCAGCAGAAGAGACGAGGGCUCGGAAUGGAGUGAUCCAGGAGGGUACAGACGAGGUGCUCGGGGAGGUCGCUCAUGGGCAGGCUUUGUACGAGGAGGAAGAGAAUAGAGUCGAUCCGACAGAUAGUUGUCAAAAGCUUGACAAUAUUCUUUCAACUUUGACCAAUCACGAUGGCACCAUCAUGCUUUCCCGCCAAAGCUGA